AUGCCCGGCGUGCGGUCGCGGUUCAUCGAGCACUUCGACCCCGAGAUGCCGUGGACUUUCUCGGACGCCGACGUGCGACUGGAGGAGAUCCUCGCCGAACAAGACCACCGCAUCCGCAGCUCCUGCUCGUCGACCUCGUCCGGCAAAGACAGCCUGGACAAGGAACGCCCCGAGCCCGCCUUCAAGAAGCUGGGCUGGAAGGUAAAGCUCAAGAUGGGCCAGCUGGGCCGCUGA